AUGCUCCCCCCGAACCACCCUGCAGCAGCAGCAGCAGCAGCAGGUGCAGCAGCAGCAGCAGGUGCAGCAGCAGCAGCAGGUGCAGCAGCAGCAGCAGGUGCAGCAGCAGCAGCAGGUGCAGCAGCAGCAGCAACAGCAGCAGCAGCAGCAGCAGCUGAUUGCUUGCUGGCGCCCCAUGCAGCAACCACCGAGCUGGAUGUCACUUCUAUGCAACACACAUCAGUACCAGCAGCAACACUAGCAGCAGCAGCAGCAGCAACACUAGCAGCAGCAGCAGCAACACUAGCAGCAGCAGCAGCAGCAGCAGCAGCAGCAGGACUCACCAGCUUCCUGAGUAAUGUAAGGCAGCAGCUGCCGCAAAGAAUACCCACCAACGCGAAUCUCCCCAUGCUCCCCCCGAACCACCCUGCAGCAGCAGCAGCAGCAGCAGCAGGUGCAGCAGCAGCAGCAGGUGCAGCAGCAGCAGCAGGUGCAGCAGCAGCAGCAGGUGCAGCAGCAGCAGCAGGUGCAGCAGCAGCAGCAACAGCAGCAGCAGCAGCAGCUGCUGAUUGCUUGCUGGCGCCCCAUGCAGCAACCAGCGAACUGGAUGUCACUUCUAUGCAACACACCUCAGUACCAGCAGCAGCACUAGCAGAAGCAGCAGCAACAACACGAGCAGCAGCAGCAGCAGCAGCAGCAGCAACACGAGCAGCAGCAGCAGCAGCAACACUAGCAGCAGCAGCAGCAGCAGCAGGACUCACCAGCUUCCUGAUCCUCAGCGGGGCCCUCACACUGCAGCAGCAGCAGCAGCAGCAACAGCAGCAGCAGCAGCAGCAGGAGUUGCAGCAGCAGCAGCAGCAGGAGGAGCAGCAGAUGCUGCGGCAGUGGCAGCACCCUACAGCAGCAACUGGAACAGCAGCAGCAAUAACGCGACGGUUCAGCAGCUGCAGCACUCAGCAGCAGCAGCAACAACAGCUGCUGCAGCAGCCAGUGCAGCAGCAGCAACAGCAACAACAACAGCAGCAGCAGCAGCAGCAGCAAGUUGCUUCACUCGUCUUCUCCUGUACUAUAUGGGUUUGA